AAAGCGUGAAAAUUACAUUAUUUGUUUGUCGUAUGCCGACAAAUUCCUUGACAAUACAGUCAAGACCGUGUUUACCUGAGAAAGUGGACAGCUGAUAUAACCGGACAAACAAUGUCAAGGGAAAAAGCCACAAGACAGCCGAGGAGACCUUGCAUUGUCCAGCGCACACCGGUUCUAUUUGCGCCGCUCAGCUGCAUCAGUUCGAUGUGAUUUGAUGAUAGUCCACUUGCGCUGUUGAUCGCCGGCGAAUUGAUCUAAUGGCUUAAUAAUAUAACAGCAGCCGGUGAAUACGCUUUACCUGUACGUGGCGAUCUGGUUCGCUGUACGAGAAGGAGGCAUUAAUCAUCGCGGCGAUCAGUUGCACGUUGUGCUUAUUGCGCUCUCCAUCAUAGCAGCUGCUACUGACUGUGGUAGUUGAGAAAACGAGAGACGCCGGCAAAAAAACACAACCAAGAUGUUGCUUCAUCUUUGACACAGAUAUUAUGCGGUGGCAUGUGCAGUGAGCGGCCUUUGUCUGGCUAAUCGAUAGCGUUUAGCGCCGUUUGUUGUGGCUGGUGUUGCUCUCGGUGGAAAUCAGUUGUAGUGUGAUUGUGAUUUGUACUGUAAUAUUGGGUGAAUUAUUUUAUUGUACGGGGUAUUAUUGUUCUUUAUUAUUAUAUUGGUGUUGCGUAUUGUGUUGGGCGUUGUGGCGUGGGAAUUGCGAUUUAUCCAAUGGGAAAUCAACAGGCACGAGCCGCACCGCAGUCGGUUAUCAGCGAGACCGGCAGCCGCAAAGACACCCUCAUCUCCGAAGACGGUGUAACCGAUUGUUCGGAGAUUAGUCGAGUGGAUUAUGACAGCUACCCGUCUGCGGCACUGGAGGCGCUGGCCGAGCACUGCCGCUCGGUGGAGGGUGAGGAUGGAGAGACGGAGGAGGAACGACGCCGGGACAGUGUGUCACCCGAUUCCGCCAUGCAUCAGUCGGCCGAGUCACAUUCCGCCGCCAGCAGUCAGCGCCGGACGCAGCCGCCAAGGAAGAAACCGCCGAGGAAACAUCUGAGUAAUGGAGCGACCAGUCGGUCGAAUCUGUCAUCAACAGAUUCGAUGGAUUAUCAAGAAACCAAGCGUAUUCAAGAGGACAUUGACGAAAUGUUCUCCUAUCUCAACGGUUGGCUGGACGAGCCAGAUUCGGAAAUCACCGAGCACGAAUUACUGUCGGUAUCCGGCGGAUGCCAGGCUGGCGAACCCGAAACCGAAUUGGACCGCCGGUCCGGCUCCGGCUCACAGUCUGACGACUCAGCGGUGUGCGUGGGAGGUGGCGACGGUGACGGGCCGGAGCAUGAGCACUCGCGCUCGCCCACCACCGACCCCGGCGACACGGACCCGGACGGUCGCUCCAACAACAGUUUGUCGCCUACCCGCGAGGAUGACCACCCGGAACUGGCAUCGGCGCCCUCGGAUCAACUGGGUGUUAUCACACCGAUGAUCGUCAAAGACCCCUUAAUUACGCCGAUUAUCCAUGCACCACGCCCACUGUUGCCGUCACGGAAUGUGGAUAUCUCAACGUUGAAUUAUAUUCAGCUGCAGUUUACACCGGAGCUGGCAUCCGGCAAUAAUAAAGAAAAUUGGGACGUCAAAGACGACGAGCCACACCCUUCGGAAGCCUCCUCACUAACCGAAAAAGAAAAACUGCGCACGCGCGACCCCCUCCACGUUCUCUACUCGCAAAUCUCCAAGAACAAACCCAAGCGCAGCGUUCACGACGGUUCGCGUGACAAUCCGGGCGGUCGCAUGCAGCGCAUUCGCGAGCAAUCACCCCUGGGGAUGCGGUCACCGUGUUUUGAGCCGCAUUUCCGCCAGGAAGAAGACGUCUAUGCCACACCGUACGGCUGCAGCGAGGACGCCCUGUACACCGAACCGCAUAUCACAAGUGUCCAGAAGAUGAGCGAAGGCAGUAUCGUCCGCUCCUUGUAUCCCCUGUCCAGCGCCAUGCCGGGAACCUUGUCGUUUAUGAGCGGCGAGACGGGAGUGCUGAUGCGGACAAAUAUUGGAGGAUGGUGUUAUAUCUGUAUGCGUGAUAAAGAGGGAUGGGCACCGGCGAAUUAUUGGCAGCCGCUGAGAAGUGCGUUAAGGGAACGGAUGCGAGCGCGGGGUAAUGCUGACCGGAAUGAAUUUUUGGAUGACUGGUACCUGGGACCGAUUAGCCGACCGGAUAGCGAGUUUCUGCUGCUGCAGUUCGGGCAAGAAGGGGAUUUCUUAUUGCGAAAUAGUUCCAUACGGGCGGGCGAAUUUACGCUAAGCAUGCGGCACGGAAAACAGGUACACCAUUUCGCCAUACGGAGAGUGCCGGAGACGGGAAAAUUCACCAUCGGCAGUGUCAAUUAUCAGUUUACUUCGCUGCAUAAUAUUAUUGCUCAUUACCGCCAGCACACGAUACUGUCCGAUAAGUAUGCUGUUUUGCGUCAAGCUUUUGCUGUGCAGUUAUAACUGCCGAACGUUACUGACGCCACGUAAGGAUUGUUUAGUUCUGAGUCUCUGACGCACUCUACGCUAAAUCUUCUCUGAUACAUCUUGUAAAAUUUUCUGACUGAAAUGUUCAUGCUAAUUAACUGUGCUAUGUACAUGUAGAAAAUUUUAACGGCCGA